AUGAAUUCCACCACGACAAAAAUAAGACCGGUUUUCGAUGGAUCCGUAAGAACUAAAGGAUCACCUUCCGUAAAUGACUGUUUGGAAAAGGGUCCAAAUUUGAUUGAUACUGUUCCAGCUAUAAUAAAUAGAUUUCGACUGGGAAAAAUUGGCGUGAGCGCUGAUAUUAAGAAGGCUUUUCUGCAGAUAGCACUUAAUCCUAAAGACAGAGAUUAUUUAAGAUUUUUAUGGUGGGAACAGGGAAAUUCUGAGCGUUUGAAAAUAUACAGGCAUAGAAGAGUGGUCUUUGGAAUAACCAGCAGUCCAUUUCUCUUAAAUGCAACACUAACGAAAUUAAUGAAUGAAGUACCAGAAAAUUAUCGUGCGAGUGCUAAUAAAUUAGUAGAAUCCUGGUACGUUGAUAAUUUAGUUACAAGUGUGAAUGAUGAAUCAGAAUUAAAGAAGUUAAAAAAUGAUGCCACUGAAAUUUUGGCAAGUGCUAAAUUUGAAUUACAAGAGUGGGCAUAUAACUAUCCUCGAAAUAAAAGGGAUGCAUUUGUUGUUGAACCCAUUUUAGAACAGUGGAAGCUUGAUAAAUUAAAUGAGAAUGAGUUUUUCGAUGAUCCCUGUGAAGCUAAAACGGUCAACAUUUUGGGACUUCUUUGGAAUUUGCAUGAUGACACAUUGUUGUGA